AUGGAUGCAAAAAUUGAUAAGGUUGCUCAGUCCAGCCAAGCAUCCAUUCAUAAUUUAGAGGUGCAAGUAGGUCAGUUGGCUAAAUUGGUUGCAGAAAAAGAUCGAGGUAAGUUUCCUAGUACCACUGAAAUAAACCCUAGGGAAGGAUCUAUGGCUGUCACUUUGAGAAGUGGUAAGAUAUUGAAUGAAAUUAUGAAAGAAAAUGAACCCACGAGAGUUGAAAAAGAGAGUGAUAAAGAAGAGGAGCAAGUGCCUAAAGAGAAUUCUAGUGAUCAAAACCUCAUUUCCUCUACAGUAAAACCUUAUGUACCCCCCAUUCCAUAUCCACAAAGGUUACAAAAGAGGAACCAGGACAAUAACUUUAAAAGAUUUUUAGAGGUUUUUAAAAAAUUGCAAAUUAAUAUUCCUUUUGCAGAAGCACUUGCUAAUAUGCCAUCUUAUGUCAAGUAUAUUAAGGAAAUUGUGUCUAAUAAAAGGAAACUGGAAGAGUUUGCUACUGUGCACUUAAAUGAGGAGUGUGUCAGUAUUAACCUUAUGCCUUUAACUCUUUUUAAGAAGUUGGAAAUAGCUGAAAUGAAGUCAACAACAAUAUCUCUUCAACUUGUUGAUAGAUCAGUCAAGUACCCGCUUGGAGUAGUGGAGGAUAUCUUGGUAAAAGUUGGUAAAUUUUAUUUUCCUGCUAAUUUUCUGAUUCUUGAUAUGGGUAGUGAUACUGAUGCAUCCCUUAUACUUGGCAGGCCAUUUUUGUUGACAGGAGGAGUAUUAAUUGAUAUGCCUUUAGGGAAAUUGAUUUGUAGUGUAGGUACAGAAAAAGAUGAAUUCUCUAUCUCUAAAGCUGUAAAAUUACCAACUUUUGAUGAAUCAUGUCUUUCGAUUGAUGUUAUUGAGAACCCUUCAGAAGAAUAA